AUGACCGAAACAGAAGAGGCGGUCAUCUAUCGGCGUAAUGUGAAAGAAAACAAUAACCUACCAGGAACUAUAGAUAAUAUUGAUAAUGAACCAGAAUCUGAAGCCGAAUCCAAAGAAGUAAGACUAACGUUGAUGGAAGAAAUAUUGCUGUUGGGGUUGAAAGAUCGAGAAGGAUACUUAUCAUUUUGGAAUGAUAGUGUAUGUUGUGGACUCCGAGGAUGCAUACUGGUUGAACUUGGUCUCAGAAAUCGAAUUGGACUAGAGCCGAGUGGGAUGCGUCGUAGGAACCUGUCGUCUAGAUGUAUUGUUGUCAAAAAGAGCGUACCGACUGGUGACGCAUUGCUAGAUGAGGCUCUCAAACAUAUCAGAGAUAACAAGCCUGAAAAUACGAAAACAUGGAUUGAAUAUCUCAGCGGUGAAACAUGGAAUCCAUUUAAAUUACCAUUACAGCUCCGCAACGUCAGGGAAAGGAUAGCGAAAAACCUCGUAGAAAAACGCAUAUGCACGACAGAAAAACAAAAUUUUAUCCUUUUUGACAUGAUGACGCACCCCUUAGUAGACCUUGGAAGUAAAAAACGCGUAAUUAGUCGUAUUCAGGAUGUUGUCCUUAAUAAAUGGAGCACAGAUGUUCAGAAAGUCGAUAAGCGCCUACUCUCUCUCGUGCUCUUGUCUCACUAUUCCGAUGUCUUAGAAUGUGCUUUACAACAUCUUCCAGACAAUGUUUAUGAUCUUGCCAAAAAGCGAAUUGACGAUGCGCUCCAACUCGACUUCUUUGCAGAGGCCAAUAAAGAAGGUUCUUGUGAAAUGCUGUGGGCAGUUAUGGCUGCUCUUAAUUCUUAA